AUGUAUUCAGAAGACCAGACUAUAUUGAGGUCUCUUUAUAGUACAAAAUUGAAACGUUACGGAGACGAAGUCGAGAGGACUAUCAAAUUGAUAUUUUCUUUAUACGCUAUGUGGAAAGUACCAUUCGAUUUGAGCGGCAGUUCCGAAGAUAUGCAACAGAUUGUAGACAUCGACAAAGCAAUUCGCGACCUAGGCGAAAGUCUAGAUUACAAGAAAAACAAUAAUUCUGUCAUGGCUCUACUCAUGGCUGUUAUAGUACAUCAAAUUAUAAACAGCAAUUUGGAUUCUUCGAUAAGGAGUGAAGUAUGUUAA